AUGUCCCCAGAGAAUUUGGAACUUGAAAAAGUUGAGCCGAAGCCUGCUGAUACGCAGAGUAUUCGUCUGGGAGUAUUCAAGAAUGCUAUAGGUGAUGACUAUGACGAUGAUGCCGUCCUUCGUGCAAAUGGCCAUGAUACGGUCAUGCCUCUCCUACCGGUGUUCACGGUCGCCGGAAGAAUUUCUCUUGUAACCCAAGUAUCGCUCUACCUGUCACUCGCGGGAUACCUGACAUUCUUCAUUGUCUCAUUUGCAAUGCACCAGCAAACCCAACAUGGAUCGUUCGUUGUUGCAUCUGGACAGGGUAAUAGCGGAUGGAACGAUGGUACAGCCUGGAUGCUUGCGAUAAGUAACGCAAUGUACGCGUUCGGAGGGACGGACGGAGUCAUCAAUAUCAGUGAAGAGAUCCCGCGGCGGGGAAGAAGAGUCCCACAGGUCCUGAUCAUGACGAUGAUCAUCGGGCUAGUUACAAGUGUAUCCAUGUUCAUUGUGUUUAUGUUCUUUAUCUCCGACAUGGACGCUAUCAGGCCCUCCCCAUUGCCAAGUCUCGAGCUGCUCUAUCAGGUAACAGGAAGUCGGAGUGUGACACUUGGGUUAUUCGUCCUUCUCUUAGCUGCCUAUCUCAAAUGGCUUCCCAUUCUCAGCACUCUUAUCCAAAGUGAGCAACUGUCUCAACUUCCCCGUCCACACCACAGUAGCCGCCUUCCUAUUCAGCUGCCUCUACGGUCUCCUCUUCUAGCAUCCACAACCGCCUUCAACUCCAUUAUCACCUCCGCCGUCCUCUUCCUAAACAUCACCUACACCAUCCCAUGUGGCCUACUCCUCCUUCGCAGCCGAGACACCUUACCCCCUCGAUACUUGAAACUCGCCUAUAUCGGCUGCUACUGUAAUAUAUUCUCCGUUCUGUGGAUCGUCGCGCUCUGUGUAUUGAUCUGCAUGCCGCCGAAUCUGCCCGUCGAGUUGGGGUCGAUGAGCUUCGUCUGCGUGAUCCUGGUAGGCGUGAUCGUCAUUAUCAAUUGUCUUUGGGCGUUCAUUAGACGUCAUAGUUUCGAGGGACCGCAUAUUGAUUGGGGAUUUUGGCGGCAGGGUCGAAGUAGGAAGGGAGUUUAG